CAAAGUCCCUCUCAGUCCUACACAGCCUCUCAAGAGGAGGGACUAGUUCUCACUGAUCAGCUGCAGUAUACUUGUGUGUAAGCCCUUUUCUGCAUGUGUGUGACCUGCGUGUGUGACCAUGAGUGGAUUCUGUGUGUUCCUCUUGGCGUGUGUCCUGCCGCUAUCCCUCGCCUCGCCAGGCAGGCAGGACCCAUUCCUCUGGCUGUCCGCCCUGCGUGGUCGUGGUUACGUCGAGGGCUCCCUAUUGGCUGACACCACCGGAGGGGAGUGUCCUGCGGAGUGUGACUGCCCGCCCUCCUUCCCCAUCGCUAUGUACUGUGACGGGCGUGGCCUGACAACCAUGCCCACCGUGCCCUCCAGGAUGAAGUACCUGUACCUGCAGCACAAUGAGAUCUCCACCAUGCCAGACUCUUCCCUGGCCAACGCCACCAACCUUGUCUGGGUCAUGUUGCAUCACAACGCGCUAUCUACGGACAAAAUUGGCAAGAAGGUGUUUGCCAAGCUGCAGGGGUUGGAGCGUCUGUACCUUCAACAUAAUAACCUGACUCGUGUUCCCCCCAACCUGCCACACUCACUACGGGACCUCAGACUCAACAACAACAAUAUCAACAAGGUAACGCCAGCGGCCCUUGAUGGUAUGGACAACCUGACCAUCCUGUAUCUCCAUGACAACGCUCUGACGGAGAUGGGCAAGUCUCUGAGGGGUUUGAACUCACUCACACUGCUCGAUGUCAGCGGCAAUAAGCUGAAGAAGGUACCAGAUAGUCUCCCAGAGCGCCUCCACCAGCUGUACCUGGAGUCCAACGCCAUCAGUGCUGUCCCAGAGGGUUUCCUCAGUAAGUUCUCCCAGCUGCAGUACAUCCGCAUGGCCCACAACCAGCUGACAGACAAUGGCAUCCCCCCCAACACCUUCAACGUGUCCGGCCUGGUGGAGCUGGACCUCAGCUUCAACCAGCUGGAGAGGAUCCCCUCCGUCAGCCAGACGCUUGAGCACCUCUACCUGCAGGCCAACCACAUCAAAGAGUUCACCCUGGGGAGUUUCUGUGGUGUCGUGGACGUAAUGAACUUCUCCAGGCUGAGGACACUGCGUCUGGAGGGGAAUGAGAUCAGCACCGGGGAUGUCCCCUCGGAGUCAGCCCUCUGUCUGCGUCUGGCUAACACCAUUGAGGUGUAAUGCACCCAUCUCACCACCGGGUGGCAUCAUCAUCUUACCAUCAGAGCAUAGGGCAGCAGUCCUAAUUUUAGCAUAACAUUGAAAUUCCAGAAUCUCACCAAGAAGCUGCAGCAGAGGGCUGUAAAGGCACAAAGGCCCACCUACUCCAAGUUUAUCUUGGUUGUUUUAUCUCUUAUCAUUCAAAGGACAUUAUGAUAGAUCUUCAUAUCAGGUCAUUUUUCUUUCUCUAAACUUUAGAAAUGUAGAUCAUUCAAAGCAUGUUGAAAGUGCUUCUUCCAAGGUCAACUCUGUUGAGGAAAGAUAACUUUAUAUAAAAUAUUGUAUAUUUCUGUUGUGUUGAUUGCAAAGCCAAAUGUCCAAUGUUUUUGUCUUAUAUAUGUGUGUGUAUCUGUGAGUGAGUUCAGUAUUUGUGGGUAUAUGUGAGUGUGCAUGCUCACAAUUCUAAUAGGAUGUGUGAACCAGAGGACGCUGGUGGGAGGAGAUAUAGGAGGAUGGGAUCAUUGUAAUGACUGGAAUGGAAUCAAUGGAAUGGUAUCAAACACAUCAAACAAAUGGAAACCACAUGUUUGA